UAACAGCAAACAUGAAGCACAAGAGUGAAAAAACUUGUGUAUUAAUAAUAUUUAUAUCAUAAUAAAGUAUUUAAAUGUUUAUUGAAGUUAUCGAUAUGGUUGCUAACUAAUGGAUUUACAAUUAUCACAUUACAUAUACUCGUUAUUAUAUGAUAAGCCAAUUAGCAGUUUGUCAGUCACUAACUUUGUCACAACAGAGUCUUAAAUACAAUACCAAAAGUAUUUUAAUUGACAAAUCAGUAUUAUUAUGACUAUAAAUGGCACAAAUUGACAGUCCAUUCAUCACAUUUGACUCAUUUAAACAAUUUUUACAUAUUAUUGCCAAUUAAAUCAAAAUUUAUAUAAUAAUAAUAAUACUGUAAUAAAUACAAUGAAUAUUUAUUAUAUAAUACCCGUUGCGGACAACAAACGUACAAAUAAUGGUUGUAUUAUUCAUCCCUCACUUAUUGUCAUCAAAUUUAUAUUAUUAUUAUUAUCAUUGGAGACGAGGGCUCAAGUGUCGGUUCCGCUGAAGACCAUCAGGAAUAUGCAGAUAACGACUCUCAACAAUAAUACGCCCGCAUUUCGGGUAGUCGUCAAUCGAGACAAUAAUGAGGUCAUUGUCGGCGCACGUAAUUUCAUAUAUAAAUUAUCACCAAAUAAUUUGGAAAUUAUUGAAGAGUACCGCACGGGACCCGUCAAUGACCACAUAGAGUGCUAUCCGCCGCCACACGAAUGUCAUAAAAAUAGACGACUUAUUGAUAAUGACAAUCAAGUUUUACUGUUCAACUACGACAACAAACAAUAUCCAAUUCUAUUGGCGUGCGGUACGGCCUAUCAGGGGAUGUGCUAUUUAUUUAAGUCAUCCAAUAUAUCGGGAUAUCAUCUGCUGUACGGCGGUUCACAACUAAAUGAGACAUUGAAUUAUGUGUCGAGUCGGACAUCAAGUGUUGCCUUUUUCGCGCCGUUCGGUAAUCGGAAGUCUGAUCUCUAUGUGGCCAACGCUUAUGACGGCAGACCUAUUGAGAUGAGUCCGCCGACACUUUCGAGUCGAAAAAUGACGGCAAAGAACAACGUAUCGGUUGAUCCCGAAAAAGGUUUUACAUUAUCCCACGACUCGGACGCCGCCUUUACUAAAGUGGACUUUGUUUCGUCAUAUAAGCAGACAUUUAAUGUCAAAUACAUCUAUGGUUUUAAUCACUCUAUAUAUUCAUAUUUUGUGUCCACACAACCAUUAAACACAAUUAGCUCAGAAUACGGAACAAAACUGAUCCGCGUUUGUCAUAAGGAUAACGAUUUCUUUUCCUAUAUGGAGAUACCAUUAAAGUGUUCAUCUAAUGCUUCAACUAAUUUACAUAAGAAAGACUACUUUGUUGUAACCGCUGCUUAUUUGGGACAAAUGGGAUCAAAAAAUAAUAAGAAAUUAGACACAAGUGAUAGUAAUGCUGACGCGUUGUUCCUUUCAAUGGGUGUGCCGUCAAUGGCCACUGUCAUCAACAAGACUUUGGGUACAGUUAUUUGUGGCUUCAGUUUACGACAUAUUAACAGAGCCUUUACUAAUGCGGCAAAAGAAUGCUUUAGUGGCCAAACCAAUGAUAAAGUUUAUCUCUCUGAGCUAAUCCUCGGCCAGAAACAGGAUUGUCGAAUAAUACAAUCAGAUGUAAGGGACGACUUCUGUGGAACCGGUCUUAAUAGGUAUAUAGUAAGCAAUCGUGAAUUGGAUGGAGUAUUAUUAAAAUCAGUUAAUGGUUUAGUCACAUCUCUUGCCACUGAUGUUCAUAACGACAGGACUGUUGCUGCUAUUGGUACAGAUGAUGGUAUAAUUAAGAAAAUUAUUUUGGACGACCCAAAAGAGUCGGAAGAAAUUAUAUUUGAGAUGAAUGUGUCCACUCAUACCUCAAAAGAUCGCUCUAUACGUCCUAAUCCUGCAUUUGAUAGCAAACGCAAGAAUCUAUACUUUUUAUCAGAUAAUCAGGUGAUUCAGUUCCCAUUUGGUUCGUGUUCACUGCACACUGAUUGUGCGUCUUGUUUAUCAACAGUGGAUCCAUUGAAAUGUGGUUGGUGUGGAUCUUAUUGUGCCACUACUGAUGAAUGUGAUAAUCCAGAACUCAUGAGCAACGUUGAGUGUCCGCCAGAAAUUGAUUAUUUUGUACCAAAUUCUGGUCCAACACGCGGUGGAACUGUUAUUACAAUUAUUGGCCAUAAUUUGGGAACGAAACUCGCUUCCGAAGAAAAUAGUAAAAUCAAUAUAACAAUUGCUGAUACAGAGUGUGAUGUCGUUUCUUGGAAUAUGACUUUAAUUGAAUGCAGAACUAAGUCGGUUCCCAAAGAAGUUUUCGGAAAAAUCAAUAUAAAAGUUCACAGCCUUUUCAAUGGACAAACACACGGAAGAAAUUUUGACAUCAAAGGUGUCACAGAAUCGGGUGAAUACUUUAAAUUUCUUGAACCACAAUUGUUGGGUAUUAAUCCUUCGUAUGGUCCCAUCGAUGGAGGCACUAAUGUGACACUCGUCGGAACCAAUUUGCUUAUUGGUUCCAAUAGAAGAAUAUUUUUGGCAGGAGUUGAAUGCAAAGAAUUUGAAAGUGAAAACAAUGAUUUGAGCUGUACUUCUGGUCGACAAUCUUCACCGUCCACUGACACCAGUAUUAAAUUAUUUAUCGAUUCAUUUGAAUACAUAGUAAACCAAAAUAAGACAAUAACUAAACCAUCGUUGAAAACAUCUAAUAAUGAAAAAGUGGAGAACUCUUCGGUUAUUGAAUGGAGUGAAUACUUUUCAUAUAAACCAAACCCUAAGAUCACCAAAUAUAGUCCCAAAGCAACCAUUAAAAGUGGAAAAACAAAUUUUACUGUUUUCGGCGAAAAUUUGAAUUCAGUGGCAAAACCAAAGAUUAUGAUAACUUCAUUUGCAACCUAUACUAAAGAAACUAUUGUUAUGGAAGGCCAGUGCUGGACAAACAAAUCGGGAACAAGUAUGUCAUGUCAGACACCAUCAUUGAAUGACAAUUUACCCACACCUAAAAAGAAGAUACCAAUUGAGGCACAGUUAAGAUUUAUAUUAGACGGCGUCAAACAUACUGGUCUUAAUGCACACACCACUCAAAUGAUUUAUUAUCCGAACCCCAUAUUUGAUAAAUUUGAAAAUAAUAUUAGCCAGGUUUAUGAAAAUGAAUUAAUUGUUACCAUUAAAGGAAAAGACUUAAGUACUGAAUAUCCCAUUGAUAUACAAGUUGGUCAACACAUAUGCAAACCACUCGAUACUAAAAAUUAUGAUGAAAUUAGAUGUCAAAUUAUGGAUAAUCAUAAUUUUUUUAACCUUGAUACUAAACAUGAAGUCAUUAUAAAUGUUGGAUUAACCAUACAUUUUAGUCCCGGUUUAAUAGAAGUUGUGCCAAAACAUGUGAAUCCACUUGGGAUCGGUUUAAUUAUGGUUAUAGUGUUUACGGUAUUAAUUUUAUGUGCAAUAAUUGUGUUCGGAGUUGUCUAUAGAAAAAGAUUUUUAAAUAACAACGAGAAGCCACCCCUUCAAGUCAUUUAUAACGCCACGGCUAACGAUAGCGGUUCCAGUGAUAGUCGUCCGGCUUAUGUAUCACAACCCUCUUUCAAUGAUUAUAUUCGCGGAGAAUCAACACAUUUAUUAUCAGUUGAACGAAGAUAUCAAGUGUCCGAAGAAACGAUGGCUUUGUUACGAUCGGAACAUAUUUACAUCGAUAGGAAUAACUUAAGACUUGAGUAUGAGAUCGGAAAGGGACAGUUCGGUUGUGUCUAUAAGGGAAUACUGAGUGCACCAGAAAAGGAUGCCGAGCGGGAAGUGGCCGCCAAAACUUUACAUAACUCUAAUAUACGCGACGGCGACGAUGUCGAGUCAUUUCUUCAAGAAGGCCUUAUGAUGAAAGACUUCAAACAUCAUAAUGUAUUGACACUAAUAGGUGUGUGUUUUGAGGACGAAGGGACACCUAUAGUGGUCUUACCGUAUAUGUUAAAUGGAGACCUAUUAUCAUAUAUAAGAAACGAAAAUAAUAAUCCAACUGUUAAGACAUUAUUGCUAUUUGCCAUCGAUAUAGCUAAAGGUAUGGAUUACUUGUCGAGUCAGAAGUUCGUGCACCGGGAUCUGGCCGCCCGAAACUGUAUGCUUGACUCAGACUUAUGUGUCAAAGUUGCAGACUUUGGUCUUUCACGAGAUAUUUAUGAAAGAGAUUAUUAUAGCAGUGAUAACAAAAAAUGCAAAUUACCGGUCAAAUGGAUGUCACCCGAGAGUCUAGAAAAGGGUACAUAUAAUACUAAAACUGACGUUUGGUCUUAUGGUGUACUCGUAUGGGAACUCUUGACCCGAGGAGUCACUCCAUAUCCCGAUGUAGACAACUGGGAAAUAUUGAAUUAUCUAAAACAGAGCCGUCGUAUGCCACGACCGGCCUAUUGUCCCGAACUUCUAUAUUUCAAUGUAUUGUUGCGCUGUUGGUGUGAUGACUCGCGACAGAGACCAACAUUUGAAGAACUGGUCUAUGAAAUCGAGUCACUUAUUGCACAGUUAGAAAAAAGCGCAGACAAACAACAGGUAGACCUCGAUAAGUGCAAUACAUAUAUCAAUUAUCCCAUCAAUACUUACUAUAAUGAAUUACAAGUCAAACCAUUGAAAGUAUAUGACGACAAUAUUAAACCACAAACAUCUUCGACAUAUGAGACCACCUGUUAAGCCAAAUAAUAGGCUCUACACAUACUUCACAAAUCAUUGUUAAUAAUUUAUCAUUUAAUUAACUUAAUUGUUGAUCUCGUUUUGCGCCAAUACAAGCGAUCCUAAAAUUUUAUGGUUUGAAAUAAGAUUUAUUUAACAUUUAUUUUUAUAGAAUCCUAAUAACAGUGUUUCCACGUCAAUCAUAAUGUAAUGUAAUCUAAUUGUAAYCAAAAAUGUGGUAUAAAUUGCCUUAAAAUUGCGAAAUUAGU